ACAUCAUAUUGAGUCCGGCGGAAGUAAACAUACAAUUACAGCAAUGCGGAUUCCUGCCAAGUUCACUUGUCUAGCUCUUAUAUGACAUGUUUUAGUCUUGUCCUGUAGAGCAUCUCAUGCUCAGCUGAUUCACUGACAAUGUCUGCAGUUUUGACUUUCAGAGAGUUUGUCAACGAGCGACUGACAGCUGCUGCUGAAGAAAUAUUAGGAGUUUUUGAAAAAACAAUCGUAGUGUAUGAGGAGGAGAUCGAUCGUCAGCGCAAAUUGUUGGAUGUCGUCUUGAAGCCACAGAUAAAACUUGACAGGAAAGAUGUAUCACAGUCAUCUGAAUGUAAUGAGGAGCUUCUCCUGGACCAGCUGCAGUUCUGUAACCAGGAGAGGAACUCCAGUCUGGAUCAAGAGGACCCACAGGUUCCACAGGUGAAAGAAGAGCAGGAGGAACUCUGCACCAGUCAAGACAGAGAUCAGUUUGUACUAAAGCAGGAGACUUAUCCUUUGAUGUUGAGACCCUCUUCUGAGGGAAGUGAUCACAGUGAAGAUCAGACUGUGAUUUUGGAUCCUGACCAAACACAGGGUGCAGCAGAAAGAGAGCCAUUGACCAACAUAUCAGUUAUAGUGAUAAAAUCUGAAUCUGACAGAGAAGGCUCAGGUGUAUCAGUACCAAACAGUGACCACCACCUUUCUCACAACUCUCACACAGCUAAAAGCCAAGACCACAGAGGAGGAAACCAAGAGAAUGCAAGUACUGAUCAGAAACCAAAGAACAAACAUUUACAUUUCAAAUGUCUAUUUUGCACUGAGGAGUUUCAUGAUUUCUUGAAGUUAAAAAUUCACAUAAGAACCCACACUGGUGAAAAACGUUUUAAAUGUGACACGUGUGGGAAAGGGUUCACCCAAAAGGCUCUGGUCAGGACUCACAUGAUGACUCACACAGGGGUAAAACCCUUAAGAUGCAGAGUAUGUGGAAAGGAAUUUAACUGUCAGUCAAACCUUGUCAGUCAUAUGAAAACUCACACUGGCGAGAAGCCACAUAUUUGUGUCACGUGCGGGAAAAGUUUCCGUCGCAGAGCAGACCUGAGGAGGCACAACAGAACUCACACAGGGGAGAAGCCUUACAGCUGUGUCCACUGCGGGAAGGAGUUUUCUUACCACUCCUCUCUCACAAAUCAUGUCCGACUGCAUACGGGGGAGAAGCCUUAUAAAUGUAUUUGGUGUGGGAAAAGGUUUGCUGUCAGCACAACGUUGAAAAUACACACCAGAGUGCAUACAGGGGAAAAGCCGUAUAAAUGCAGCUUUUGUGGGAGGAAUUUUGCUCAUAACACAGGACUGAGAUUACAUAGAAGGAUCCAUGCAAGGGAGAAACAACAGAGCUGAAAUUCCCUCUGACAAAAGUUCAAAAAUAUUCAAAAAUCACACAAAGUAAGAUCAGGUUGUUGGGAUUCCACUUAAACUUGUGCCAUGUUGGAAGCGUUGUAGUUUUUAGGUCUGACAAUUUCUAGGUAAAACUGAUGCAGAGGCUUAUUCAGACACAAGCUCAGCCUCGAGGGAGAAGAGUUCACAAGCUGCUCCACUCUGAAGGAGAAAAUGACUGUUUACCAAGAGACUUGUGUGGUGUUUCUCAGUAAGUCUCGCAUUGUGGACUUAAUAUGUCAAAAAGGGAAAGUUUUAUUCACAAAUGUUUACUUUAUUUACAAGGAAUUCUUGUGCUUGUUCCAACAUGUUCUUAUGAUCAAACCAUUUUGCUUGCUAGAUUGUCAUGCCAGUCAGUGACAGUAUCAAGUCACUGGAUAUGACACGCUGAUUAAAAAAAGUUUCAGUGGCAACAAUAAUGACCAUUUUAAUUCAGCCAUAAUUACAACAGGUGAGUGUGUACUGAGUGUGGAUAAACCAUCAAACACAAAUCAAAUACAAAUACAAAUGCACAUAAGCAGUUUAACAGUAACAUAAGGUGCAACUCUGUAUCUCCACCCAGUAAAAUGGGGAAAAUGAUAUCUACCUGAACAGACAAUAAUAAAACAGUUUUAUAAACCUG